CAGCAACAAAAUUGGCCAGGUUAGAAUGGGAACCAUGCUCUUCAGCACUCCGAAUCAACUUUCACCCGCUGUGGCCGCCUUUGGACUAUGUUUACCUAUGCUACGGAGAUACCCGCGCCUACAAAGGAUGCGGCCAAGUGCAGAAUCAAGUCACCACUAAAAUCCAUGAGUUGGCUGCGCAGCCACCACACGUGCACAAUGAUUUUUUUAGCCUUCCAGCAACCAUCAGCACGCCUAGCUUUUCAAAAGCUUGUUAUCUUAUUGUGUUGUGGAAAUGCGGCUAUCAAAAGGUGUCGAUUUCGGGCAGUUUUGAGUGGCUUGAGACUUGAUGGUGCUCCGAGUCGCACCCUUUCACCCUUUGUAGCGGAACUGUCUCCCCAAAAGCUGCGUGCUUCCAUGAAUACUUCUUCCCCAAGCCCCAUGAAGGUUGGAACAAUAGCCUCUAUUCUGCAGGCUUCGCCGAUUAGAUUUGCCGGUGGCUCAGACGGCUCAGCGUACUGUCAAUGAACACCCAUCACAGGCCACAAAAUCCAUCCUCCUUUCAGCGUCUCCGCGAAAGGCGCCGAUUUCAUCACCAUGGAAGAGUGGUCGUCUCCCACCUUUCAAGUUACGCCCUAUCCCAUCUCAGAUUUCUCCUGCAGUGGACCCAUCGGGCGUGAAAGCU